AUGAAUAUAAUAAAAAAAUUAAAAAAAAACACUAUUCACUAUUGUUCGAUUAAAGAUAGUAAGACAAUGAGUGUAUUUGAAGCAAUUAAAGGAUGGUGGUCCACAGUUCCACCCAUCACCAGAUUUAUGUUUGCCAAUUGUUUGGUACUUACGAUUCUACCAAACACCGGUGCCAUUUCAUUCUUUUCCUUGACAAUGGACUUUGCUCAAAUAUUCAAAGGCUUUGAGAUAUGGAGAUUCUAUACCGCCUCUUUUUGUAUGGGUAAAUUUGGUAUUCAUUUCGUUUCACAAUUAGCUGUUUUAUAUAAUUAUUCAUCAUCACUUGAAAAUGGAACUUUUGGAGGUAGACCAGCAGAUUAUAUUUGGAUGUUGUUGUUUUGCGAUGUAUUGGCACUGAUUGUUGCCGGUUUCGCUGGAUUCUUCUAUUUCGUCAGUCACGCUAUGGUUAUGACCAUCAUUUACGUGUGGUCCAGAUACAACUCUGAAGGUGAGGUUUCACUGUUCUUUGGUAUCCGUUGCAAAGCAAUCUACGUACCAUGGGCAAUCAUGGCAAUCAACUUUUUAAUUGGAUUCUCCAUUUGGUAUGAUCUUUUGGGUAUUGCCGUUGGACAUGCCUACUACUUCAUUUGCAACGUCUAUCCAGUCACCUAUCGUAAACCAAACUACUUGGAGACACCACAAUGGUUUAUCAACUUAUUACCACAAAAGCUAAAAGGUUCAUUUGCCUUUGCUGCACCAGCAUGGGGUGAAAGAGCACAAGCCAAUCAACCACGUGGACACCAAUGGGGACAAGGAAGAGCUCUUGGCUAA